CUACAGGCACCUUGGAGAAGGAUGUUGUCCCCCUUGCUCAUCCUCCCUCUGCUGCUGGGGACCACAGCACUCAGCCCUGUGAGCAGAGCAGCUUCCAGGGAUGUCACCACCUUUUUCCAGCUGGCUCAGGAGGACACUUGGGAAAAUGUUAAUGUCACCAGCAUGUCCUGUGAGGAUCAGAAGAACAGGACCUGGAUCACCCUGCAGCUGACCAACAGCAGCCUGACAGCUUUCCCAGUCUGCCUUCCAGAGGCCCUGCAGAGCCUGGAUCUCAGCAAUAACCUCUUGCAGGAGGUGAAUGGCACAGAGAUAGCAAACCUGCCCCAGCUGCGUGUCCUCUCGCUGAGGCACAACCACCUCUGGGCAGUGAGGUGGGGAUCUGAAACCCUCAGCAGUCUCCUCAAGCUGGACUUGAGUUUUAACAAGCUGUCGUCUGUGCCAUCCUGCCUCGGCUCUGCCCUGCCCAACCUGAGGUGGCUGUCCCUGGCUGGCAAUCCCCUGAUGGAAAUCCAGCCACUGGCUUUUUCCUGCUACCCUCAGCUGCAGGUCCUGAACCUCUCUGUGACGCUGCUGGGGCAGGAUGCCAGCAGGGGAAUCAGGGACUCUGCUUUUGCCAUCAGCACAGAUCCCCACGAGGCCAUGGACAGGCCUGGAAACUCCAUCGAGGUGCUUGAUCUGAGCAGGACCUUUCUUGAGACAAUUCGACCAGAGUGGGCCAGAGGCUUGGCCAGCCUCAGAUCACUUUACCUGACAAACAUGCCACGGUUAAGAAGCCUCAACAGCGACUUCCUCAGGUCCCUGCCAGGUCUCCGAGAGCUGCACUGUCAGGACUCCCAUUCCCUGGGCUUUGUGCAGACAGAGGUGUUUGACAGUGCUCCUCACCUGAGCCAUCUCUCAUUUGAGAACUGUAACCUGAGUUCCUUUCAUCCUUGGAACACCAAUUCAUUGGAUGGCAUCACCAUCAACUUGCACGGGAAUCCUCUGCUGUGCAGCUGCCAGCUCUCCUGGCUGCUGUCCACGCCCCAGAAAGUUGUUCUGCAAAAGGCUCGGGAGACCUUUUGUACAUCCCAGGAAGAUCUGGGCAGACCUUCAACAUCUUUUUCACUGUUGGAGCUCUACAACAAGUGCCAGUCAGAGAGCAACGUUACACAGCCCGACUCAAACACAGCCCUUCCUGAGGGUGAUGCUUUCAGCUUCUCCAGCCAUGAUGCCUCUGCUGCAGUAACAGACUCAGCCCUGCUGACCACAGAUCUGACUCACACCAGCUCCCUCAUCCAGAGGGGUGUGGGGAGCACAGCAGCAUCCAACCCAGUGCCAACCAAAGACACCCAUACCAGCUCUCUAAUCCAGAGGGAUGCAAGGAGCACAGCAGCAUCCAACCCAAUGCCAACCAAAACCACCUAUACCAGCUCUCUAAUCCAGAGGGAUAUCAUGAGCACUGCAGCAUCCAACCCAAUGCUAACCAAAGACAUCCAUACCAGCUCCCUCAUCCAGAGGGAUGCAAGGAGCACAGCAGCAUCCAACCCAACGGAGCCCAUCCUAACAAAGGCCAACAGUUCCUCCCACGAGGAGGAGGCAGUUUCUGAACCCACAAGCAGUCCCCCUUCCUUGGCAUCUGUAACCUCCUUCCCAGUUUUUUUCCAAGAGUUCUUUGCUCAGUCCCCAGACCACAGCUCACCAAGUCCAGCUGGAACAGAACAGCUCCAGACAGAGCUCAGAACAACUCACACGACAUUCCCUCAGGAAGGGACACUCAAUCAGAGCACCAGUGCCUAUUCCACUGGAGGAACAGGAGUCCCCCACAGCACCAGCCACCACAGCCGCUCCUCUGCCACCCCUGCCAGGCAAGGCGCCCCCCAGACGAGCCCCCCAGAGCUGAACCCCACGAGGAGCAGCGCCCCCUCAAGGGCUGUGCCCACCACGCCAUCCCCACACUACACCGAUGACUACAACUAUGAAGAGCCCAGGGAGGAAGGCCCAGUGCAGACAGCCCAGGCUGCCUGUGACUACAAUCCCUGCAGGCACCUGCAGAAGCCGUGCAAGGAGCUCCAGAACAUAUCCCAGUGCUCAUGUCCUGGCACUUCCAGGGAAGAUGAGGUUCCAGACUCCCCCAGGCUCAGGGCAGUGAUUGAGAUCACCGACAGCUCCGCACAGAUCCGCUGGUGUGCCCCAAACUCCGUUGUUCACAGCUAUGAGCUGAUGCUUCGUGCCCAAGACAGCGAGGACAGGCAGUUUGUCAUGGACAACAUCUACCCCACGGCCAGGCAGUACACCCUGUACAACCUGCUGCCAUUCACCACCUACCACAUCUGUGUCACUGCCUCCAACAAGGCAGGGUCAAGCCAGACCACAACAGGCCAGGAAGGUCCAGGUAAUUCAUGCACCAGCUUUAAAACAAAACCCAGCUACAAGUAUGUUUUUGCUGGUCUGUCUGCAGCAAGUGGACUCUUUCUCAUUACCACAAUUAUUUUGUCCGUAUGUCUGUGCAAGGCGUGUAAAAAGCCUCAGAGUGAGCAGUAUGGCACACACUUAGUCUCCUACAAGAACCCAGCAUUUGAUUAUCCCUUAAAAGUACAGACCACGAAUUAGCUCUGGGUGAUUGUUCUAUACAAUCAAAGUUCACUAUCUCCAUCGCCUUGGUGUGUUUUUAUGAGACUCUGAAAGUGUCCUUCAGCAAAACUAUGAACCAGCAGAUUUCAUAACCCUGACAUUUCUAAGGGAGAGAAAACCACCAAAAAAAAGAGAAAAACUAAUAAUGAAGUUAGUCAACCAGAAAAAAGUCUUUGGACUCCUGUUCCUGUGCUAAGCAGCAGCAAGCCUGGACGCCAACCUUGAAAAGUUGUUUUUGUAAUCACCUGCAAAUAGAGUAGCAUGAAUUUCACCCAGUGAGAGGCUGCCUGGCUAGCUGUCUGCCUCCAGUAUCUCUCAUGAGCACAGUCAGAGGAGAGCUGCAAUCCAAGGUGCAUUAAGCUUAGCAAGAUGUACUCUGCUUUUACUCACAGAGCAAAGCUGGGGGUUCAGUUUUUAAAGGUAUUAUCCAUAGAGAGAGUAUAGCUGAAAGGAGUGAGGGGGCUCAGUGACAAGGUGUUGUGCAGAUCUAACUCCUCUAAGCAAAUGCAGAUGAUCAACCUAACUUCAGGACAAAGAAACAUGAAAUUUAAUUGUAGUGACAGACUGUGUGGAAUCCUUAGGGCAGGGGUAAUUGUUUUGUUCUGACUUUUUAUGAUGUUGUCCACAGCUGAGCCCCCAACAGUGACCCACACAAGGGGGAGGGCAGCAUGUUGACAUUUGCUUCCCAGUGGAUUUUAGGCAGAGAGGAUGUUCCGUCCCAAUCAUCCGUCCCAUCUACAGAUUUAGCAGCUGAUUUACCUCAUACAGAGGCAAAGAGCCAAGCAAUGAAGCAAUUGAAUGUGUGUGCUGCUGAGGCUUGAAAAACCCAAAUCCCCUGCACUAGCAGCAGACAGAUCUGCAGACACCUUUCAAAUGAACUCUUGGGUGCCAAUUUCUGUACAAUAAUACUGAGAAAUGCUGACAAUCCCAACUUUGAGCUUGCCAUUGGAAUCCAGAGAGGUGUCCCAAUCUGGUAUUUCCCCAGGCUCCAGUUCCAGGAGCUGCCUUCUCCUGCUGCUGUACAGACACAGUGCAUAAACCCCCUGGACUCUGAGGGGAAGGUGCUGUAAUGUGUAAAAGAGUCCCUGUUCCAUUCUUUUGGGGUUUGUAAUGCUUUCAGUAUUACUGAAAUAAAAGCCACAGAGCUACAUUCUGAUUUUUUG